CACAAAACAAGCAAUCCGACUAGGAAACGGAGGCCACUGGUGUCGGUUGCGAGCCAUGUCCUGUAGUCUCGAGCUAAGCACAAGGCGUCACGUAGACUCCAGCUUGAAAGGCGAGACGUCCAACGGCACCCAGUUUAGUCAUUUCACGCUGCCAAGUCAACUUGUACACCUCGAGCCUUGCGCCACCCUACACUUGGCAGACUAAACAAGACUUUCCUAGGUAAGCGGUGACCAGGCAUACGUAGCCCUUACUUAAGCCAAAGCAACAUUUUAGUGCCAUCUGUUGUUCUAAGGAGCUAGCAUGAUUAUCAAUGCCUAGUACUUGCCUGCUCAUAUUAUCGUUGCGGACACCCCGAUGCCAUCCGACACCAGAAUGCUUUGCAGACAACGUUGAUCAAGUACUUGAAAGCGCUUCAGAUCUUCAGACAGAAGAGGUCUCACUACCAGAGCUGGACGGCUCUAAAUGUGGCCUUGUACACACGAUCUUUCAGACGGAGAGAAACUCCUACUGUCACCCAAGAUGUCGCAGGUUCAAGAAGGCAGUUUUGGCUUUUGCAAUACGUGAGCUGACUUCAAUUUUUAUGCUCCCGUCGUUGCUGAUGCAGCAGCCAAGGUAAGUGAAUUGAUCAACCACCUCGUGUUCCUCAUUAUCAAGAGUCAAGGGGUCAUCAAAUGGUUGGUGACCCUGCAGCAACACUACUUUUAAGG